UUAAAGUCCACUUAUUUAGACGUCACAAAUUAAACUCAGGGAACUCUUUGCUUUGACAGGAUCGAGAUUUACACUUAAUUUGUGUGUAAAUCCACUUGAGCACCACAUGCUGGGUGCGCACACAGUGGGAAAGGGCGUGACUCUGGCUGUUGAUUACAUUCGAGGCGAGAAAGAAAAUGAGACGGGGAGAGAGAGAAACAAACGAGUGCGGUAACAGAGUCAGAGAACCGAAGGAAACUUUCGAGGUUUCACAGAGUUCUUCUUCUUCGGGCAGUAAAAUCAGUUUCACUAUGAAUAAUAAUCAGGUGAGCGGUCCCAUGUAUGACAACCAAGUGUUUAAACAUGAAGAAUAUAGUCCUCCAUAUUCUGUAACACAGCAGAUCCCCAGCCAUUCCUCCAUCAACCAGUAUUAUACUUCAACACCCGGAAUACCAGCUAAUCCAAGGCAAACAAAAGGAAGAAAGAAAUGUCACUGGAAGUACAUCCUGAGUGCAUUUCUGUGUGUGACUGUUAUCCUGGCAGUGCUCGGACUCUUGCUGUGGUACUUCCUAUACUACCAGUGUCUACUGGGGAAGUCGUGUGGAAAAGGUGGGAUGUGUCUGAGCCAUACCCGGUGGUGUGAUGGAACCAUUGACUGUCCAGAUGGAGAGGAUGAAUCUCAGUGCUUUCGCCUCCAAGGGGCCAACUCCAUGCUGGAGAGUUAUUCAUCAAGCAGCCAGACCUGGAUGCCCGUGUGUGCUGACAACUGGGAUGAUAACUAUGGACGAACUGUGUGCAGACAGAUUGGUUACAGCAGAGAUGAUUAUUUUGCCUACAGCCAAACCAGUGCAGGUUCUUUGGCCUCCAAUGGAUAUAUGAGGCUGGAGUCUGGAAGUAAUAGUGGCUCACUAAUACAGUCACAGCUCACUCACAGCUUACUGUGCUUCUCCAAAGCUGUCACACUUCAGUGUAUUGAAUGUGGCAAGAGUUCAGCAGCUCCGAGCAGUCGUAUUGUUGGUGGCACAGAGGCUGUAAAUGGAGCCUGGCCAUGGCAGGUCAGCCUCCAGGUUUCAGGUCGACACAGCUGCGGAGGCUCCGUUAUCAGCCGAUACUGGAUCCUGUCUGCUGCACACUGCUUUAAAUAUUCCUCUUCUCCUUCAUUGUGGAGGGUAUACUAUGGGGACGUGAACUUGGAAAACAUGUUUAACAGCAGAGUUCAGAAAAUCAUCAAACAUAAAGAUUUUGACACAAGAACGAAUAAUUAUGACAUUGCUCUCCUAAAGCUUGAUACACCUCUGACUUUUAACAAUAAAGUUCGGCCGGUGUGUCUCCCCAAUGUUGACCUGAACCUUUCUGCUAAUCGUCAAGCAUGGAUCACAGGAUGGGGAGCACUGCAGUCAACAGGGCCAACCCCCAAAAUAAUGAAUCAAGCCAAGGUGACCAUUUACAGCAGGGCCACUUGUAAUGCACCUGAAGUAUUAAAUGGUGAAGUCACCAAGGCCAUGUUCUGUGCAGGUAGCCUGGAGGGAGGAGUUGACUCCUGUCAGGGUGACAGUGGAGGUCCCCUGGUCGUGAAAGAAGGAAAUCGAUGGUGGCUGGCAGGAGCUACGAGCUAUGGUUAUGGAUGUGCUUUGAAGAACAAGCCAGGAGUCUAUGCCAAUGUACCAUUCUUUAUUGACUGGAUAUACGAAAACAUACAGAAUAACUGAGACGUCGGUGAAUUUUUGAAAGGAACUACUUGAGUUACUUGCAAAACAAAAAUCAACCAACAAAAUAAUGGAUCAGCAUUUUUAUAUUCUUGUUUAUAGCAUGCACUGAAUUUCUUGCAUUUGGACAAAAUAAAGCUAUUAUUUGGUCCAAUAAAACUAA